GCAGAGGGAGGAGAGUGUGGCUGUGUGAGGAUUGGUGCUUGGAGCUGGGCUGGCUCUGAGCUCUGUUUGCUCCUUCUUUGAUAAUGUAAUUUAUGGGAGGAGGAGAGAGCGGAAGGCGAGGUUCGGAGCCGCGGUUGGUUCCUUUGUGCGAGAGGGGACUGGCGUUGAUUUUGGUUCCGGGGUGAUGCUGUGUGUGUGCGGGGGGUGGAGGGCAGCUGCUGUCGGCUGGAUGUUAUUGUGAAGCUCUCCCUCGUCUCCAGGCCCUUUACUACCCUCUCAGCCCCUGGUUAUGGCCCUAACCCGCUACGGCCAGAGGAUCCUGUUCUCCCCUUGUCCGUCUCUGGGGACUGGAACAUCAGCGCUUAUUAUUCUUCUCCUCACCUUCACCGGAAACAGCGUUCUAGGAGGAAAGUAUGGUUCAGAAAAUGUGCAAAUUUCAGAGAUCUCAGCUGCUUGUGGAGAUGCACCAGAACAGCUCAGGGCACCAAGUGGGAUAAUUACAAGUCCAGGUUGGCCCUUUAACUAUCAAACUAGAGUUAACUGUAGCUGGCACAUCCAGGCUAAUCGGGAGGAAGUCAUCACCAUCAGCUUUCAGGAUUUUGAUAUCCAGAGCUCUGCUUGGUGCAGUUCAGACUGGCUAACUAUAGGAGCAUACAAAAGUGUUGAAGGAACUCGGGUGUGUGGUUCUUCCAUCCCAGCACCUUACAUUUCUUCGAAAGACCAUGUCUGGAUUAAAUUUCAUUCAGAUGACAGGUACACUGGAAAAGGCUUCCGGCUCUCCUAUGUCACAGGAAAAUCUGCUGAGGCAGGCUGUGACUGGGACCAGUUCCACUGCGAUAAUGGAAAAUGUAUCCCUGAUAUUUGGAAAUGCAACACGAUGGACGAAUGUGGUGACAAUUCUGAUGAAGAACUAUGUGAACGAUCAAUGCCCCCAACUACCUUUCCAUUUCAACCUUGUACCUAUGAUCAGUUCCAGUGUCUCUCAAGAUAUACUGCAGCUUAUACGUGCUUACCUGAAGCCUUGCGUUGUGAUGGCAAUAUUGACUGCCUUGAUUUGGAAGAUGAAAUAGAUUGUGAUGCCCCUAGUUGUGGGGACUGGCUGAGAAAUUUUUAUGGCACGUUCAGUUCUCCAAAUUAUCCAGCAUUUUAUCCACCUGGGAGUAACUGCACAUGGCUGAUAGAUACUGGAGACCGACGGAAAAUUAUUUUGCGUAUCACUGACUUUAAGCUGGAUGGCACUGGCUAUGGUGAUUAUGUCAAAGUGUAUGAUGGCCUGGAGGAAAAUUCACACAAGCUGCUACGUGUCCUGACGUCUUUUGAUUCCCGACCACCGAUCACUGUCAUCUCCUCUUCUGGACAGGUGCGAGUACAUUUUUAUGCUGACAGGGUAAAUGCAGCCAGAGGUUUUAAUGCGACCUACCAAGUUGCAGGGUUUUGCCUUCCAUGGGAGAUUCCUUGCGGAGGCAAUUGGGGCUGCUAUACUGAACAACAGCGCUGUGACGGUUAUUGGCAUUGCCCAAAUGGACGAGAUGAGCGCAAUUGCAGCUCAUGUCAGAAGGAUGAGUUCCCCUGUUCUCGCAAUGGUGUGUGCUACCCUCUGUCUGACCGAUGCAACUAUCAGAACCAUUGUCCAAAUGGCUCAGAUGAGAAGAACUGUUUCUUUUGUCAGCCUGGUAACUUUCACUGCAAGAACAACCGUUGUGUAUUUGAGAGCUGGGUUUGUGAUGCACAGGAUGACUGUGGUGAUGGUAGUGAUGAAGAGAACUGUCCUGUGAUUGUACCCACCAGGGUGAUAACUGCAGCAGUCAUUGGAAGUUUAAUCUGUGGACUAUUACUUGUGAUUGCACUAGGAUGUACCUGCAAACUGUACUCUCUGAGAAUGUUUGAACGCAGGUCUUUUGAAACCCAUCUGUCAAGAGUUGAAGCUGAACUGCUGCGAAGAGAGGCUCCUCCAUCCUAUGGCCAGUUAAUUGCGCAAGGCUUGAUUCCCCCAGUAGAAGAUUUCCCUGUUUGCUCAUCAAAUCAGGCAUCUAUUUUGGAAAACCUCAGAUUGGCAGUACGGUCACAGCUUGGAUUAACCUCUUUUCGAUCCACUACAUCCAGUAGGCGAUCUAACCUAUGGAACCGUGUCUUUAGCUUUGCAAGAUCCAGGAAUUCAGGGUCUCUGGCACUUGUGUCAACAGAUGGAGGUGAUGCAGCUGGUGAACAGAAUGUUACAAGGGAAACAGAAAGGAGCAGUCUGCACAGAAGUCUUCAGGCACUCGACUCUGAUGAAGCAGAUAGAGAUGGUGAGCAGAGAGAUAUGCCAGGUGCAGUUGGUGGUGUAGCAGCCCCUCUACCUCAAAAAUCUGCACCAACCUCUGCAGUAGAAGCUGUUGUAGGAGCAACAGGAAUUUCCGCUGGCUGCCACACUAAUGUUGCUACUGAAAUAGUUCCGUCACAAUCGAGAAGCACAGAGCAGCCAAGCAUUAGUCCAGCAAGACAGCAGUUGAGCAGUGCACUGAGCAGGGUAACUCAGAGUUUGCGCUGGGUGCGGUUUUCUAUUGGGAGAUACAAUUCAGGUCAGAACCAGAGUCCCUUGCGACAGCUUGAUAAUGGAGUGCGUGGAAGAGAUGAUGAUGAUGAUGUUGAAUUGUUAAUUCCCAUUUCUGAGGCAGCAUCAGAUAUGGAUUCGAGGGACCGUUGCAGACCAGUAACUGAGCCUGGCACCAAUAGGGUACAGGGAACUAGACAACAUUAUAUUUCAACUCCUCACAGAGAACAGUCUAAUAAUAGAGAUGGGCCUUGUGAGCACUGUGGAAUGGUUCAUACAGCCCAGAUACCUGAAGAGUGCCUAGAAGCAACACUGAAGGGUGAAGCCAGUGAUGAUGAAUCCUUGCUUGUCUGCUAGAUGUGCAAUACAUCGACUAAUUUUAUUUAUGCUCCUGUCGGUACAGUGCAUAUUGUGAGUUUUAAGUUCUUUUGGUACUUGAAAAAGAAACCGGAUUUGUCUGACUGUGCGAUACAAUAUUUAUUAUAUUUUACUUUGAUUUAUGGGAGUCAACUAAGUGCAUGGUAACAUGUCCCAUGCAGUUUUUUUUGGUUUGUAUCAUGCAUUCAAGAUAUGUACGUAUAAAUUUGUUUUAAAAUGUGGAAUGAAAAUAAAUUAUAACUUAAGUUUCUGCAUUUACACUUCCUUUUCCUAGCUGUUUCUAAAAUAUUGUCUUUAUUUAUUCCUUUUGUCAUAAAUAGCAUGUUUUAUGAUUUUUAACUAUUAGACUUGUUAGGUGCCCUGAAAACUGAGUCUGGAACGUGAAGAAUAAUGUAAACACAAAUAAAAAUCCACUUUUACAGUAA